UAACGUGGCUUCACUCCCUCUAGCUACUAGCAUUAUCUUCUCAGUUUGAAGUGUAUAUUCUCAUUUCUCAGUCUCAUCCUUUCUUCAACUAUGGCCAAGUGGUUUUCUGAGACACUGAAAGCAACAAGGUGUAAGGAAGUUUUAUCUAUGUGGAUUUUGGCUGGCAGUGGCGGUUAUGCAAUUGAUCUUUUCAUGAGAGUUGUAGAGAGAAUUGUUUUUGCUCAAAUUACUUGCUUUCUGGCACUAGGAGGGUCUAUAAUGGGGAUAAUUUCAGGAGCCAUCAAAGGCCAUACAACAGAAGCUGGUUUUCUUGAUGGGGCUUGCAAAGGAGCUGUCACAGGGGCCAUUGCAGCACUAGAAUUGCUAAAUUUUGCUGCUGAUGAUGAGCCACUGUCUAAGAUUGCCCUAUUGAGGAGUUUAUUAAAUGGAAAGCUAUUUAUGGAAUGGAUAUGUCCAGCUGUUGCACGAGCCUAUCAAUGUCAUAUCAAUGCACAUGCAACAACUUAUAGAGAAGACUCAGACAUUUAUAAUGACAUUGUCAGAGGAAUCACAGCAAAAGGGAUGGCUUGGAAUAUCAUUCAAAAGCUUCCUGUUCAACAAUUCAGUUCCUGUAAGAUGUUGAAAUCAUACAAUGAACCAUGCUGCUCAAUUUGCUUGCAGGAUUUUGAGGAUGAAGAAUUUGUGAAGAAACUUCCAAAAUGUGGCCACUAUUUUCACUUAGCCUGCAUAGACAAAUGGCUAGUCCAACAAGGAUCAUGCCCCAUGUGUAGGAUUUAUGUUCCACAUUUAUGAAUUUGCGGCUGAAUUAUUUUUUUCAUUAUAUGUGGGAAUUGAACUUGUACCAAGAGAUUUACAACACUUACACAUUCUAUUCAACUAGUUAAGCUAGAUUCAUUUUAUAUUUAUCGCUGAAAUUGGAGUUGGAAAUAUCGUUUUUAUUUUCAUG